GCAGUGCAGCACAACGACGAUUGCCCGGGUUGGUGUCAGUUAAAACAGGACGGAUUGACAAGAUGACAAAAUACACCGUCUACUACUUCAAUAUUAAGGGGAGGGGGGAGAUCGUGCGACUGAUGCUUACAGCCGCUGGGGUGGACUUUGAGGACCAUAGGGUGCAAGGAGAGGAAUGGCCUAAACUCAAAUCUAGCAUGCCAACAGGUCAGAUGCCCGUGUUGGAAAUUGAUGGCAAAAAAUUCAGCCAGAGUUUGGCAAUCGCCCGAUAUCUAGCUAGGGAAUAUGGUAUGGCUGGAAAGACUAACACAGACCAGCUUUUGAUGGACCAGAUCGUAGAUACAGUCAAUGAUCUCAUCAAUGAAAUGAUCAAGCCAGUGUUCGAGAAAGAUGAAGCGAGAAAGGCUGAACUGGAAAAGAAACUGAAGGAAGAAACCAUGCCACGCAUCUUUGGAACUCUGAAUAACUUCUUAGAAAGCAAUGGUGGAGAUUAUUUCGUUGGAACCAAGUUAAGUUUAGCCGACGUCUUUUUCAUGGAUAUAGUUUCGCGAGUUGUGGAGAAGGACCAGAAAGCGUUAGAAAAAUUCCCUAAACUGGCAGCUAAUUUGAAGAAAACGCAGUCCGAACCAAAGAUAGCAGAAUACCUAGCUAAACGACCAAAAACUGAUCUAUAAGGAACCUUUUAAUUCAAAUAGUCAGGCAUUAUUAUUAUGUAUAUUUUCACUCAUUAUUCUUGUAUUUAUGAUUGAUUAUUUUUAGCAUGAUAUUGAAUAUAUUCUAUUUCUAUGGCAAUAAACCAAAUUUUUAUUUAA